CACAUUCUGCCCUUGUUUGGGAGUUGUAACGGACGUAGAUUCGACUGGAGAAACAUUACUGCGUUGUCAUUCGUAGUGAAGCCUUUCAGUACGACAGAAUGUCUGAUACAGUUUUGGGAUUCGUGAUGGAUUCUUCUUGGGUAAAAUUGUACUCGGUCUCCUUCCUUCAUUUCUUCGAUAUGACGACUAUCUUUAUUUUCACUCUUGUGUUCUUGACACUGAUAUUUGUGAUGGGUAGACCUAGAACUUCUAUACCGGGACCUUUUGCGCUCCCAUUCAUCGGAAAUUUACCUCAAUUUAUACUUAUGGGAAACAAACGACAUUUAGAACUUUUGUCACUUCGCAAGAAAUACGGAAACGUUUUCCGUAUGUAUGUGGGACCCUAUUUGAUGGUUUUUAUUAGCGGAUAUGAAAAUAUCCAUGAUGCGUUUGUGAAACAUGCAGCUCAAUUCAGCAAUCGUCCAAACUGGUUACCCAACAUUCAAAAGAGGAUGAAAAAGACUGGCCACGGUCUUGUGUGGGCUAAUGGGGAAAACUGGAAAAAAAUACGUCGGUUUGCCCUACACAGUAUGCGCGAUUUCGGUGUUGGGAAGAAAUCUCUGGAGGAAGUUAUCCAAGACGAGGCAAAAUUACUCGGUGACAUUUUCGCCUCCAAGGAAGGUGAAGCGAUAGCAGACGUUAAGCGGAUGAUGACGACAUCCAUCAGUAACGUUAUUCAUCACGUGGUUUUUGGAUUCAGGUAUCCACAUGAUGACGAGAAAUUCCUGGGUUUGAUUGAUGCGUUUGACGUCUUAUUUAAAGGGCCUGGGGCAGUUUUGCAAUCAAUCCCUAGCUUUUUACAGUUGGGAGGGAGGACUGUCGCGAAGGAGAGGCAAAAAGCAAGAGAUGCUGUAUUGGAAUACGUUCGACGUCAGAUUGCAGAGCACGAGAAAACUUAUGAUGAAAAUAACAUCAGAGAUUUCAUAGAUCUGUAUAUUCAAGCAGAGAGAGAAGACGGGGGAAUAGAAGGAAAAGUUCAUCACAUGUUCGGUGUCAUCAUGGAACUUUUCACAGCUGGCACUGAAACUACAGGAACAUCCCUGGAUUGGACCUUUUUGUAUAUGAUAAGUUACCCCGAGGUUCAACGGAAAUGUUAUGAAGAAAUAAAGAAGGUUAUUGGUGUGGAAAGAGAGGUGCGUCUAUCCGACAGGACAAACAUUCCUUAUGUUGAAGCCACGCUAAUGGAAGUGCAGAGAUUAGCAAACAUUGCGAAUGCAUCGCUACCACACACAGCUACAGAGGACGUUGUAAUAGCUGGUCAAGUGAUUCCAAAGAACUCCAUUGUUGUGGGAUUCCUAACGACAUCACAUUUAGACCCCGAAAACUUUUCUCAACCAUACGAGUUCCGUCCAGAAAGAUUUAUUGACGAAAUUACUGGGAAAAUAUCAAAGAAAGACCAUUUAAUUCCUUUCUCCAUAGGUCCAAGAAUAUGUCCCGGGGAGUCUUUAGCUAGAACGGAAAUGUUUAUCGUGUUUUCUAACCUCAUUCAAAAGUUUCGUUUCAUGAAGGUGUCAGAGACAGAUGUAUUGAAUUUUGAAGGCUUAACAGGAAUCACCACGAGUGCUCAUCCAUACAGAUUAAAAGUCCAAAUGCGGAAGUGAAUGUAACAAUACAUGUAUACAAACCUAUCAGUCUAAUUUCAAAAAGUGUAAUUUUUGUGGUUUUAAGAUAAGGCAACAGUAAAACAGAACCAAAUACAAUUGAAUCUGUCCACACUCUUCUUAUUUCAUACCAAAAACUGCAUAGUUAGCAAUUGAUUAUUAAUCCUGUGAUCAUCUACAAAGUCACAGAGUGCAGAUUUAAUAUUUGUGCUCUACUACUUAACUUUAUUAUACUCUUAUAAAAUCAUCAUUCAUUGUGAUAAUUAUUGAAAAUAAGGUUGUGUACAAAGCAUGUGUGACAUUUCAAACCCAUAUAUCAGAUGAACCUCAACCUUGACUUCCUGUCAAGAACCAUGCUGUAAAACACUGAGUUAUAUCAUGUUGUAAAUAAUCUGAUAUCCCAUCACAGUGUUGUUUGCCCAACUCUUUAUUCUGUAUUGCUUGUAGGAGUUAUGAGAUUGAUCACUGUUCGUUACCUUCACCUUGCAUGUACUAAACAGAACGUUAUCAAUAAAUGGAUAAUGAUAGAUAUAAACAUCCUUCAUUUAUCAAAGUUGUA